AUGCAGUCGGGAUUUGAGGAAAAAGCGCGGAAACGCGGCCACGACUCCUCAGACUACGGAGGCGGGGCAGGAGCACAGACUGCGGCCCGCGCGGGGGCCGGAAGCGGGGACCGGAAGUGGGUGGGCCAGGGCGUGUCCUCCGAGGAAAGCAGUGAUUGCGGACGGAAAGGGGGCGGGGUGGGGCGGGGCCAGCGAGAGCAGGGUAGCUGGCUGCGCGAAGGACGGAAGUGGGCGGGGCCUGUCGGCGGGGGCGUGUCCGCGGGUGCGGCUAGGGGGCGGUGGCGGCUAGUCCUGCGACUGCCGCGCGCGGAGGGGCUGAGGUGGCGGGCAGAGUUGUUUGGGAUCCGCUACGGUGCGCGGGCGCGGAUGGAGGGUCUGGCGGAGUGCGAGGUUCAGGCCCGGCAGGCUGAGCUGGAGCGGCCCGUCGGGGGCACCCUGGGCGGGUCGCCGGGCCAGCGUGCAGGCGAUCAUGGCCCCCUCAGGGAGCCUGGGGACGCGGCCGCCGACUCCGCAGACCCCUCAGACCCUGCGGACAGCGCCCCGAGCGCGCCCCUCGGGAGGCGGCCCCUCGGCGGCGCCGCGCAGGAAGGCGCGCGGCCCGAAGCGCCGAGAGAUGCGCCCCCCGCGCCGCGGUCUGGCCGCCCAGCGCCCCGGGACCCGGCGGCGGGCGGCUCCCCCCAGCUGCGGCGCGGCCCGGCGGGCGCGGACGGCGCGGCGGCCGAGGAGGAGGGCGCGGGAGCUCUGACGCUGGACCCGCUGGAGCACGCGUGGAUGCUGUCGGCCGCCGACGGCCGCUGGGACAGCCUGGAGGGGCUGCUGGCCUGCGAGCCCGGCCUGCUGGCCAAGCGCGACUUCAUCACCGGCUUCACCUGCCUGCACUGGGCGGCCAAGCACGGCCGGCAGGAGCUGCUGGCCCUGCUGGUGCGCUUCGCGGGCCAGCACCGGCUGCCGGUGAACAUCAACGCGCGCACUAGCGGCGGCUACACCGCGCUGCACCUGGCGGCCAUGCAUGGGCACGUGGAGGUGGUGAAGCUGCUGGUCGGGGCCUACGACGCGGACGUGGACGUGCGCGACUAUAGCGGCAGGAAGGCCUCGCAGUACCUGAGCCCGAGCACCGCCGAGGAGAUCCGGACCCUGGUGGGUGCCCUGGACGAGGACGACGGCGAGAGCGCCGCGGGCAGCGGGGGCGGGCGCUGGAGGCUCUCUAGGGUGCUGCCUGCGCACCUCAUCUCUGGCAGGCUCUCCCACGCCCUGGAGGACGGCGGGGACCACCACCACCAUCACCACCAUCACCACCAUCAUCACCUGGCCGAGGGAUCGGCUGCGGGGAAAGCAAAGGAGCCAGGUCGCAAAGCCUCGGGCAGCUCUAGUGGGCGGAUGAAACCCAGACUCAACAAAAUCCGAUUCCGAACCCAGAUCAUCCACACCACACCGUCUUUCAGAGACCCAGAGCAGCCCCUGGAGGAAGGGGAGGACGAAGAGGAGGAUCGAUCUCUUAAAGGCCACUCAUCCUCAUUCAAACUGAGACCCAAGUCCAAUGUAUUUGGGUAAAAAUAAUUUCUUUUAGAAAAUCCUAAGGCUUGUUUGUCGUCAGGAAUAGGAUACUAGGUGUAGACAAGGAAGUGAGACUAGAAAAGUCUUAGGUAAAUGCUGCAUUCUUACUUGCGGGGUUAGAUCUGGUGGCGAGAAAUACUCGCAGUUUGCCUGCAAUGGAUUUCCAAGUGAUUCCUUAAACCUUGACCUAGACCUUUUUUCCCCAUGCCAGCUCUCUGCCCUGGAUUCCCUGUUUCUAAGAACUAGAAAUGUAUCUAAAUCGAGGUUACAGAAAUGAUGGCUCCUUUGAUUUAAACAUUGCUGGAUGCCAUGCAAAGUAAAGGGUGUUGCACUUUUAUGUAUCUGUUUUUAAAAAGUGGUUACUCUUUCAAGAGCAACAAGAAAUGCAAAAUGUUAUGAAACUGGUAGUUUUUGUGUGAAUGAAAGUACAUACUGCCCUGUUUUUGUUUUUGUUUUUGUUUUUUACUAACUGCAUUUGCUUUUUAAGAUACUACUGAAGGUCAGGUCAGAGUUGAAAUGCACAAACACUAAUUAGAGAAUAAUGUGAAUACAGUUGGGACUCCUGUUGGUACUCCACUUGUUUUGUAAAUAGUGUUCAACUCUUUUUCAAAAGCAAUUUCAGCUUUAAUCAUUGAACUAAAGAAAUGGGCAACAUUCACUUCUGAGUUAAUCUGUUGAGAAGUUUCCUCUUAACUAUCUCUAAUACCACUGCACUCGGUAUUAAGGUACAUUAUAAAUAACUGCACAAUUUUUUAUCUAAAGAAAACUCUAUUAGGGGGAGGGUAUAGCUCAGUGGUAGAGCACGUGCUUAGCAUGCACAAGGUCCUGGGUUCAAUCCCCAGUACUUCCAUUAAAAUAAAUAAGUAAAUAAACCUAAUUACCUCCCCACAAAACAAAAAAUAAAGAAAACCCUUUUAACAGCCUAGGGUCCCUUUAAGCAAAUAAUGCCUGUAGCUCAGAUUCUCACUAACUUGUUUUGCUAUUCUGAACGUCUAAAUUUGUCAGAGUUUUUAUUCUAGGGACCAUAUAACCACUGGUUCCACUUGACAUGACCCUAUUUGAUGGUGCUUAGAGUGGAAUUGCCUACAGAAACUGUUUCUGUUUGAGAUGAUUAGCAAAAAUCGGCAUUAGUAUUAGCCUAUGCUUCUGUGAAGUAAUUAUUAAAUCAACUUAAUGAUUCUCACAUAAGGUACGCUUUUUAUUUUAUGAAUAAAAUACAUUCAUAGUCUCUAUACUUUGUAGCAAUGUUUUGUGAAUGUUGAAAAUACUAAAUCCUUUCAAUUUUCCAAGUUCCUUGGAUCUAUUAAAGACAUAGAGUGAAAAUAUUGAAAAGCUGAAUAGAAAUCUGUCCACUUAAAAAUAGCACUUUAUAACAGGGAAAAGAAAAGUGGGACUAUUUCUAUAUUUAAAAGCUGCUGGCUGUUGAAUCCCUUUUAUGUAAAUGAAAAAGUGUCAGUCAUUAAAAUUAAAGACUUGUUAAAGUGUGGUUCUUAAUUCUAUACAUUCAUAUAUGUUAGGGUGAAUGUCUUCAUUGCCAAAUUUAACUCACAACCGUAUUAGAUUUACUUGUAACAAGAUUCAAAACAACUUGUAGGAGACAAAUUCCAAAAAAUCCUUUCUCCCUUGGUCUUUUUGGCUUUCUAGUUGCUGAAACAGAAGCCCUGCAGCCCUAUAGGGAUUGAUUUAACAGCUUAUGGAGUGAAUGAACCAAUACGUGAACUGCACAGGACUGAAGUGUUUAGAAAGUUCUUAGGUCUUUAAUUACUCAAAUGGUAGCAGUUUGUAACUAGUUUGUCACACCUGUCUAGAUAGCAAUUGAAUUUGUUUAACAAUUAAUGAAAAGUAUUCACAUAAAAUACAUAAACUCUUGUC